GUCACGUGACUAGAGCGGGCGGGGCGGCAAAGUUCAUAUCCCAGCAUCCUCUGUAACUACUUCCUUUCUGUCCUUUUCCGGCGUUCAAGAUGUCUAAGCGAGGACGUGGUGGGUCCUCUGGUGCGAAAUUCCGGAUUUCCCUGGGUCUUCCGGUAGGAGCCGUGAUCAAUUGCGCAGACAACACAGGAGCCAAAAAUCUGUAUAUCAUCUCUGUGAAGGGGAUCAAGGGACGACUGAACAGACUUCCUGCUGCUGGUGUGGGUGACAUGGUGAUGGCCACAGUCAAGAAAGGCAAACCAGAGCUCAGAAAGAAGGUACAUCCAGCUGUGGUAAUUCGACAACGAAAGUCAUAUCGGAGAAAAGAUGGCGUGUUUCUUUAUUUUGAAGAUAAUGCAGGGGUCAUAGUAAACAAUAAAGGCGAGAUGAAAGGUUCUGCCAUUACAGGACCAGUUGCAAAGGAGUGUGCAGAUUUGUGGCCCAGGAUUGCAUCCAAUGCUGGUAGCAUUGCAUGAUUCUUCGGUGUAUUUGUAAAAAAAAAAAACCACAAACAUUAAAAUUAUUUGGUGUCAGUA